CAGUGUCAAGUGUGCGGUUAUCGUAAUCAUGAUACGUCUCAGUGUCGGUUCGCUAAAUUAAAAUGCAAAAAGUGCAAUGUCACGGGGCACCUACGUAGGAUGUGCAAAAAAAUUAAUUACCUGGAGGCAAAUGUGGUGGAUGACGGCGAUGACGAUGGUGAAUGUUUUAAUAUUAGGUCUGUUAAAGGGGAAGCCAUGACAGAGACGGUGACGAUUUCGGGGGUCGAAUUAAAAUUCGAAAUAGAUAGCGGGUCGGCCGUUACUGCGAUUUCUGAACAGACAUACAGAAAAUAUUUUAACAAUGUACCAUUGUCUAAAACAAAAAAACGAUUAUUUUCAUAUACGGGUAAUAGUAUUAUUUGUAUUGGAGUAGCACAAUUACAGGUCAGUUAUGCGAAUGAUUCACAUUUACUAUAUGUUUGCGUCAUACGAGACGGAGGGCCGCCAAUUCUCGGUCGCGAUUUCAUUUCUAAGUUUAAGUUAGAAUUAUUGCCGAUACAAUAUUGUAAACAAGUAGAUGAAAACAAUAUAAUUAACGCGUUGCAAUCUCGUUAUCCUAUGGUUUUUUCCGAUAAAUUAGGUUCGUUUAACAAAUUUAAAGUUAAAUUACAUUUAAAGGAAGAUGCAAAACCGGUUUUUAUUAGAGCGCGACCAUUAGCUUUCGCUUUAAAAGACAAAGUAGAUAAGGAAAUAGAUCGUUUGGUGGCGGCCGGAGUAUUAAAACAAGUUGACCACGCGCGGUAUGCGUCACCAAUCGUACCGGUAUUAAAGCGGAAUGGUUCCGUACGUAUUUGUGCAGAUUAUUCGACGGGCGUAAACAAACAGUUAGUUGUUGACCAGUACCCUUUGCCGACGAUAACUGAACUUUUUACUAGGUUGUAUGGUGGACAACAGUUUAGUAAACUGGAUUUAUCUAGUGCGUACAAUCAACUCGUGUUAGAUGAGGAAUCACAGGAAUUAACUUGUAUAAAUACUCACAGGGGAGUUUACAAGCAUACCCGCCUGUGCUUUGGCUUGGCCAGUUCACCGGCUAUUUUUCAACGCGCUAUCGAAUGCGUGCUGGCUGGCGUGCCCGGCACGUUGUGCCUGUUAGACGAUAUUUUAAUAACCGGGAAAAAUAAAACUGAACAUUUGCUACGAUUACAUCAAGUACUGCAGAGAUUACAAGACGCGGGUUUGACCCUUCAAAGGGAAAAGUGUGAAUUUUUCAAGGACGAUAUUAAUUACUUAGGGUAUGUAAUCAAUAAAGAUGGCCUUCAUAAGUCGCCAGAGAAAAUUAGGGCGAUGACUGAUGCGCCGGUUCCGACUAAUGUUAAGCAGUUGCAAUCAUUUUUAGGGUUAAUUAAUUAUUACAGAAGUUUUGUUCCUAAUGCGUCUGCAAUUUUAAAGCCGUUAUAUGAGCUUUUAAAAAAAGGAAAUAAAUGGUACUGGGGACAUGAACAUGAGGACGCUUUUAACGCGAUUAAAAAAUGUUUGGCGUCGGAUCAAGUAUUAGCUCAUUUUAAUCAUAACGCGACCAUCAUUUUAACUGUCGAUGCUUCGCCGUCAGGUCUUUCGGCCAUUUUAUCUCAGAUAGAACCAAACGGGUCUGAGCGACCGGUCUCGUUUGCGUCGCGAACCCUAAAUGCUGCUGAGAAACGUUAUUCUCAGAUCCAAAAGGAAGCCACCGCCAUUAUUUUUGGAGUUAGGCGUUACCACCAGUACCUAUAUGGCAGGGCGGUUCCCUUUAUCUUACGCACAGACCAUAAGCCACUCUUAUCGAUUUUUGGCCCUUAUCGAGGUAUACCAGAAGUUUCUGCGAACAGACUUCAGAGGUAUGCGAUGUUUUUAAGUAGCUAUAAUUAUAGAAUUGAAUAUGUUCGUAGCACAGACAACACCGCAGACUUCUUAUCGCGCGCCAGCCUAGGAGAGGCGGGGACAGCCGCGGAGGGCAGGGACAGUGUAGAUGCUAUGAUACCCGAUUUGGAUAGAGCUUCUUAUAUAAAUUUUGUUGUGGAAGGAAUUCCGUACACACUCUGACUGGGGUUUCGCCCGCAGAGCUUGUUUACGGUAGAAAACUCAGAAUGCGUCUGGAUCAAAUUAUACCUGAGUCGUCAUCGCCCUCAUCCACAGCUCUUGCUGAUGUCGUUAAAUUUAAACAGUGUUCGCAAAAUAAGACCAAAGUAAAUAAAAAACAAAGUUUUAUCAAGGGAGAUUUUAUUCUAUAUAAAAAGCAUACGGUCAACGGAAAGUUUAUUUGGUGCAAAGGCUUCAUUGAAAAGACAAUUGGGAAGGUGUUGUACUUAGUCAAAGACUGUAAGUCUUCCUUGUUAUUUAAAAAACACCAAAAUCAACUAAUACCUUAUAAGGGUACCGAUUGCAGUAUUCACGAAUACAAAGAUGUGGAUGUAGAACCGGUUUCAAGGAGAGGCAAUUUGUCAGCAGAAGAACAAUCAUCCUCGAAUGAAGUGACUCCGAUAGACACAGGGGACGAGGAAGAGGACAGGUCUGGGAUGGAGGGCAGCUCAGAAAGGGGGGAAGCUACCAAUUCUAAUGCUUGUGAUGAUAUUAGUUUACCGGUCGAAGUACCUCUCAUCACGUCACCGUCGCCGCAGCGGCAAGGUGUCGAAUUAGCAGAAGAGGAGGAUGAAUUUCUUGAGGCCCUACCAGACCCGUCUGUCGAAGAAGGCUCUGAUGGCAUACCCGCACGACAAAACGCCAGCAGACCUGAGUUUACAUCACGGAAUAAACGCAAUCGGCCUAGGGUUAACUAUAAGCAGUUUUUUUAGUAUAAGUUUCUUUUUUAAGUUUAGUAUAAUCUUUUGUUUUGUUUAGAGUAGUUAUGUACAUAUUAUAUCUAAGCUAAGGGGAGGAAUGUUAAGUAUGUGUGCGUGUGCCUACGCAUACGGGGUAUUUCAACAAAUAUAGGACAGUGUGUUAACAGCA